UCUUUCUUUUUGCUUUAAUACAUGUAUUUCAUGUUUAAAUUUAAAAUACAUUAAUAUUAAUUGUUUUAAAUAAAACAUGAAAAAAGACCGAACAAAGUUACUUAAUGCUAGUACAUCAUACAAUGAAUUUUUUGUGAAACCUUAUGGAUUUUGUUGUGAUAUCAAAAAUUAUGAUCCAAAAUUAAGUGCAUCGAGAAAAAGAUCUAUGCCACUUUUUCCUUCAAGCGGAGGAUCUGAUGGAGGACCUGAUAUUAAAAUUCGUAUCCAAGAGCAUGACGAUAAUCUAAAUUUCAGUCAACGAAGUACUCAAAGAAAUAUUCGAGACCGAAUUAGUCUUCGAGGUAAAUAUCGAGGUGACAGACAACUUGUUGACAGACGUCUACGUCGAGGAAUUGAAUUUGAACCUUUGGCUGACUUAAUCACAUCUAGACGACUUAGAGGUCCUCUUCAAUGGUACUUAGAAGAUGAAAUAGCAGCAGCUCGAGAAAUUAUGAUGACUAAAAAGCAAGAAAUAUAUAAUGCAGAAAUGAAAAAGAAUAUUAAAAUAGCUAAGCAAAAAGAAAAAAGAAGACGACGGAGAAAGAAAAAAAUAUCAAGCAAGAAAAAAGAUAAAGAAGAUAUAAAUGAAGAUGAAACGAAAAAUACAAUGUAA